AUGACUGUCGACGUUAGCUCGGCCGCCGGCCUCGACGGAUUCAAUGCCACCCUUGGCGACCAGCCGUUCGCCAACGGCUACACGCUAUCUGGUGACGACGCUGCCCUGUUUGACAAGCUCGGAAAGCAGCCCGAUGAGAAGAAGCACCCCAACGUGGCCCGCUGGUACAGAAACGUUGCCUCCUAUGAGAAGAGCGAACGAUCGGCGUGGUCGACCGCCGGCUCGUCUGCCUCAGCUGCCAAGGAGGAUGAUGAGGACAUCGAUCUGUUCGGCUCGGAUGAUGAGGAGGAUGCUGAGAAGGCCGCGAUUGUUGCCCAACGUUUAAAGGAAUACCAAGAGAAGAAAUCCAAGAAGCCCGGUCCAAUCGCCAAAUCGUCCGUGAUCCUCGACGUAAAGCCCUGGGAUGAUGAGACGGACUUGAAAGAGUUGGAGGCGAAGGUACGAGGCAUCGAGAUGGACGGGCUCGUCUGGGGAGGCGGCAAGUUAAUCGCCAUCGGAUACGGAAUCCAGAAGCUCCAGAUCAUCUCCGUGAUCGAGGAUGCGAAGGUUUCCGUGGACGAUCUUCAGGAUAAGAUCCAAGAAUUCGAGGACCACGUGCAAUCCGUCGACAUUGUUGCGUUCAACAAGAUC